AAGUGGAACACGCGCAACCAGCUGGACUACUUCCGCAGAAGAUCCUUUCUUCAAGAGAUCUAGAGUAGGCUGUUUUUCUGGCACGACGGGCACCUCCGUCCUCCAGCUCCUGGAGAUGCUCCAACAGGAGGGAUCACGGACAUGAUGGAGGUCUUCUACAUCUUUCUACUGCCCACCUGCGUUAUUUGCCCUAACAGAUAGCUCUAUAGAAGAGCGACAAGCAAACACGUGCGUCCUCGGCGUUAAACUUGCAUCUUGCAGAAACCGACACACUACCAGAUAGGCCUCGGUAGUUCAUGGAGGUGAAAAUUUUCAAGUUAUCAUAACGACAAAAACAUUCAUAAACGACAAUACGACCCUUUCGCUCAUGGAAAGGACCAGUCCGCUCACACGUGCACAACGCUAUAAACACAAAUAGGAUUUUCAUUCAACUUUUCAUCAGCCACGUUUUAUUCAUCAUCGAGUCCCCUGGUCACGAUUCCGAAGUUAAGUAGUGAUUGCUCAUAGAAGAAGAUUUUAUUCUGAAGAACCAUAGCUAGGGCUAGUGCGACCAUUGCUGAAGGAGCUCCAGUUCAGUGAGCCAUAACCUGAAGGAUAGUAAAAGUUCAGUGAGUCACAACCUGAAUAAAGAUAAAAUACAUCUGUAUUUCUAUUUGCAUUCCUAAAAUUUCAUGAUCUCCACCUGCAGCUACCGCGCAAGCUCAUCUUCAUCUGGCUUCAUUGCCAAAAAGCUGCUGCUGUUUUUUCCCGUAUAAUUAUCCCGUAAAAAUGGGCGAGACCCUGCGGUCCGUGACACCGAACCUCGUGGAGUUGUUCGAGAUGCUGGGCGACUGCACAACCGAGGACAUUGAUGAAUUGACGAGGUUUCUGAAGCUCCUCCUCCGUGGACGGGUCACGACUGGGCCAGCGGCCAACGCAAACCUGAACAGUGGUGGGGGUUCAAGUAACUUCAAAAACUUCGCCAACCCGGCGGCAUCCUCGAGUAUUUUUAAAACUCGUACUGUCAUCUGGUGUCAUUUGUCGCUCAUCAUGUUCAUGAUCAUGAUCACCCCUGGCAGUACUACCCCGUCUAGGCUUUGUUUACAUAUUCUUGUUGAAUCGGCGGCCCGAGAUGUUCAGAUCACUCGUCAUCUCCCUGGUCUUUCACAGUCGAAGAACGUAAUCUACCUGUUGGUGUUCAUGCUAGACCUAGAUGAAAUAAUUUCGAUGAACAAAAUUCUGUACUCCUUUUCGAAAUGAUAUCCACUCCAAACAGGGGAAACUACCGGCGCCGAAUGGCCCCCGCGAAUCCCGGCGCCGACGCAGCGCGCCUCCCCUUACGGGUUGGUGCCCUUCGACCACCUGGCGCCGCAACAGGGGGGUGGCAGCGCGCCGAGUAGUGCGCGGAAAGGCGGCAAGGGCGGGGCGGUGAAGGAUAAUGUGGGGGGCAGUGCCGCGAAAGGAGGCAGCAACAAUGGGACUACGUUGAGGAAGGUGCAGAAUCCGAGUCCAGAAUACAAUUUCCACGGGCGACCAGUGGAUCAGGGAGAGGUAGACGAGGUGAUGACAAAACUGCAAGCGGCCGGUAUACGACCCAUAGCACCUGAUUGACUUUGAGUUUGAUUUGAAAACGUAAAUCUGCACGACAGCAAUGUCCUGCUGCCGUGCUCUAGGUAGAAGCGCUAGCGGUAGUAUAUUGGCAUCAGAACUUGAGUUUGACAAUGCAAAAAUGUAAAAAAGAUGAAGAGGAUAAUUUCAUCCCCGCUUUAAUAUUUCGUACUGUCACAGGAUCGCUCGACGAGUGCAAGAAAGCGAUGCUCCACUGCCAAGACGACGAACGUUUAAAAUACGCCUGCUACGCGAUUUUUGGCAAACGGUGUCGCAAUUGCUACUUGAUGGGCCUUUCCUGGCAGAAUUUGCCGAGUCAUACCGUGGCGGAAUGCAAGGCGCUCGGAAAUCCGUGCAUGAUCGAGUGCCGAAAUUGCCCGGGGGAAAGCCCACACUGGCUGGAUGACUGCCCGAAAAAGGGUCCCGGGAAAGGCACGCACAGGCAUAGACAGCAUAUGAAUUGGAAAAGUAUCGUACUCGUAUAAAUGCAUUACAAAUUUCCUCAGCAUGAAAAAUAAAACUUGUAAUGCUGAUUUACGUUAAGAAAAAUAUUUGUAAUGCAUGACUGCAAUACGAAUGCGAUACUUUUGCGCAGGAGACAGCCGCUGGUGGAGCAAAGCGUCGGGGGUUCCAAUUAUGACGUUGACUAGUAAAUAAAAGUGGCACUUCAACAUCCUGCUGAUGGACGAAAAUAAACGAGAAAGAAAUGCUAAAAGUGAAAGCCAGAAAAAUAUCGCAGCACAGCGCACGUUUGUGUUUGUCCUGUUAAGAACGCAGCAUGACAAGUACAUAGAAUCGAUCUCCGUGUUGUUCGUCUGUGUCGCUACAAAUAAAGAAC